AUGGAAAACAACGCCAUUGAUAUCAUAUCAGGUCUUAAUGGGAAAGCGAUCAACUCACCUACUUAUAUAACACCUGGCAUCACCAGUGGAUAUGCUUUAAAGCUCAUCCGUAACAGUAAUCAGUAUAUAACAAUACCAACAUUCAUAAGCUUCGUUAAUACCAGUUUUACAGUGGAAAUGUGGAUUUAUCCUACUACUCUAAGCAAUGGUUACUAUUAUGGACUCUUUACUCAAUAUGAUACACAAUCAGCAGACCACUCGUUACAGAUGAUGGUUCGAGGUUUACAGCUGACCUUAGACUUUUAUGCUGAUGGAGUUAACGGUGCAACGUCACUGACAACAAACACUUGGUAUCACGCUGCCUUUGUCUACGAUUAUCCAUCAAAAACACAAACUGUUUAUUUAAAUGGAUACCAAGAUGCGAGUGGUAUUUCAAAUCAGCCAUAUUUAGGCACGAGUGGUUCGAUCAAUAUUGGGAUUUACAUUGAUCAAGUUACGCUCUACAUGAACGCUAGAAGUGCUGAUGACAUUCUUAACGAUGCUACUUUGGCCUCAUGGCAUUCAUUCGAUUAUGAAAUUAGUUAUGAUUCAGGUCCAAACAAACUCCAAGGGACGGCUGUUGAUGUCACAUUAGCACCUGGUAAAGUGAAUCAAGCAUUAAACUUCAGCUUGAGUUCAUCUUAUUAUCAGGUAUGUCAUCGACUUAGUUGA